AUGGCUGGUGGGAUUGUCAUGCUGGAGGGUCAUGAGAACACAGAGAAUGCGGUUCAUGCCACCAAGUCUGUGGAGACCACACGUGCUCACCUGCAGGGCCAGCUACACAGCAAAGAGGCCGACAACAACCGUCUCACCGUGCAGCUCCGGGGUUUGGAGAGGCAGCUGACUGAGCAGAAGCUGGAGAUAGAUGGUCUGAGGGGGGAGAUCUCCAGUGUGUCUGAGAAGGCAGAACAGGAGAAAGAGGGCCUGAAGAAGGCCACCCGUGCCCAAAAACAGAGGGCCGAGAGGUUCGAAGCUGCUGUGGAUAAAUGUUACACUCAGCUGAGGGAGAAGGUAUGUAUGGGUAAUGUUGGGAGUCAGUUUGGUGGUCAUCAUUUUCUCUUCACCAGGGUUUUGUUCAGGCUGGAGAACAUGUUUUGAAACCAGGAGAAACUACAUGCACUUUUCCAAUAAUACCACAGCUUUUUAAAUUGUAUUUUUGUAAUACUUUUUAUUUAUUGGUUUUUAGAUCACAACAGAAUCACAACAAGA